AUGUCGCAGGGGGGGGUGGACAGGGACAAGGGAGCAAGAUUUAGCGCGCCGCUCAACAAGCCGGGGGGGCCAGCACCAAGGAUUUUCGCACGCAGCCAAGCGGCAGCGUCCGGUUCUGACUACUGCUGCGAGAAGACGACGACGACUACGGCGGGAGGGGGGGGAGCUGCUAGUGCGCGAGGCAGUGAAGCCGACGGCGGAGGGCGAAACACGAGGUACGAUGAGGUACAAGAGUUGUAUCGGGCUGUUGGCUGCUCGCUGCUCGCACCACCGCCGCCCACGCCCGCCCAGCAGCGGCCAUCGGCGAGCGGCCAGCGGUGCAGCCAACCUACCCACCCCAAGACGCCGCCAGCGCCGGCUCUAGUACCAAAUGCUAUCUUGUUUAUCUCCCGACGUCAAGCGAAGGGCGAGCUGGCCUUGCUGGCACGGCCACACUUGGAAACGAUGCUGCUGCUCGGCCUGUUGACUGUGAUGAGGCCCGUCGGUCGAGGCCCCGGCCGCUAUCAGUGUGUGAGUGGCCCGACCGACAGCAGGGCCGGAGCAGAGCGUAGUCGUGGGGGCGGCGAGGCCUGUCUGUGUCUGUGUCUGUGUCUGUCUGCCUGCCUGGCUGGCUAG